AUGACUGAAAUAGAUCUGCCCUACCAUGAUCCCAUAAUAUCACUUGUUCAAGAUCCCAAUCUAAACAAAGACAAUGAUAAGUCUUCCCAGCUUAUCAAACUCAUCCAAAACAUAACCGAACGUAAGGUAUCCAAACUAUGUUCGUCCGCAUUCAUAAUACUCCAAACAUUGGAGAAGCUCCAAAUGAAGUUCAAGAGUUGGGAGUUCCUUUCGUUGGACUAUAACAGCGACUACCAUUUUGAAAAUAAGGAUGACCACAUUAAACAGUUCAAUACCGGUGUCGCUGAUAAGGUUAUUGUCGCCUGUUCGGAAAUGAAUAUCAAAAUCGUCAAGAUCUCCGCCGAUGUCGAUUAUAUAAGCAAAUCUUCCCGAACGUUAACUCCACUAGACUUGAUAUCGGACAGCGGUACCAUGUUGACCAGUUUGGUGUUGCGAAUUAUUAAACUAAAGAACGAAAUUACCGAACAUUUAACCAUAUCUUAUCUGAAGGCUAAACUAAUUUCCAUUGGACAAGAAUUGGAGCUCAUGGACGAGGACGAGUCAACCGUGGAAACCUACAAGUCAUUUAUUGUCAGUUUACUCCGUCAAUUGAAUGAAGCGAUUGAAUCGGGAGAUUUCGAAGCUAAAUACGAAUGUCUCGCCGUGAUCAACGAUAUGGAACAGAUGUUUGAAAAAUUCAAGUUGGAAAGAAUGAUGACUGACUUGUCCCGUACCAUCGAAGACAAUUACUCGUCAGACGACGAGGUUCAAGAACCCAUGUCGGAAAUUCCUUCUCCACCCGAAGAUCACAGUACUGAUGAAGAUUUCUUUGACUAUUCCGAUUCAGACAUCACAAAUUCAGUAUACUCAUCUCAGCAACUACCGUUGGUACAUUCUAUAACAAGACAACAUACCCACCAAGCCAAGGACUCCCUUUCAUCGUGGUCACAACCUAAACCAACCACCAUCACCGAAGAACUUCCAUAUUUAAUGACGGCAUUCAGCUCAGCCAAAGCAUUUGAAGAAGAUGUAUCUCACUAUAAAUCUGAAUCUUCUUCAUCCACGACAUCUUCACAAACUCCAAUUUCAGCACCAUCCUCAUCGCGGCAAAUACCGACACAAGAGACCAAAGCACGAUCAGCACCACCUACUGCAUCAGCCGAACACAGGAAUAAGCCAUUUUUCCAUAAGGCGGCCAAUUUACCGGAUUCAUCAUUAUACAAUGAAAGUAUACUUGUCGAGAAAUCGUUACCUAGUCCGUAUCUAAACAAUUCAUUAUUAUCCAGACUAGGAAUAAGGCCCCAGGUGGUGACUGUGCCCAUGGCAUCCACACAACCCAAGGGUGUAUUGAUCGAUAGCAAAACCGCAAACAAGAACGAGAGUAAUAAAUUACCAUUUACAAAACAAAACUUGCUUACCCAAGAAAACUUGCAUAGUCAUGACUUGGAAAAUGAUUUAGUGGAUUGA